AUGUUAUUAGGCGAUCUUACCGAGGCACAGCCGCCGCUGCGCGACGCAACUCAAUCCGAUGAGUUUCCGACCGUGCUUCCCCUGCGUAGGUUCGUGCAUCGUGUUCCCCUGAAACCAGUGUUCCGUCUAGUCGCCACAGAGGCUGGUCGGAGGUUGGUCUUCUCCCUCAUCGUGCCCUGUUUUCUCGACGAGUCCUCUCUGCUUUUACACAGCGUCUGCUCACUGUCUCGCUCUCCCAUGGCACCAUUGCUGCUCCUCCGCCUCCGUGAGAACUCUCCACCGCUGGAUCCUCAAGAUCCGGUGAAGAAGGAGUGGUCUCUUGGUUCCCUGUUGUUGCUACCUUCAAACGCCUCUGUUAAUCCUCCAGAUCCACCGGACCCGCCUGACCCGCCGGAACCACCAUACUCGCAAAUCAACUGUCAGGUUCUUCUUCAACUGUUGGGUUCCUCUUCAGAUCUGGAACCGCCGGACUCGCAAAUCUCGCGCCCAUGCCCUUGUCAUCGAUAUCUCUUACAGCCCUCCAACCCUCCGCUGCUCUUUCACCCUCUACCGCCUUCCUCCAUUGUUGUUUCUAUCACCACCGGCCUUGUUAUAGGCUACGGUACUCUCUCUGACAACAAACUCAAAAGAUCCCACUUCAUAGAUUCGCCGGGAUUUCCAUCUCUGGCGCUUUAUCAAAAGAUUAACCUUCCUUCCGGUUCAUCCCCUCCGAGCAAUCCCAUUCAUGUGAUGGAUCCAAGCUUGCGUUUUGGCCAUUGCAGCAAUACAACACCAUCAUUCAAUGAUAUUUUUUCAACUGUGUUGUUUUGCUUCGAGCCUUGCUCUCCCACCACAACCCUUUCGCUAGCCAACGUUCAACCUCCAUCAGCAGAGGUGGGCUUUCGACACAGUUUCAGUAUGUCUAUUGUCAAAUCUACCGGAUCAUGUGCCGGGAUUUCUUACUUGGGUCUUGGAGGAUUGUCAACUUAUUGGCGUCUCUCCACACCUACAUCUGCGGUUGUUGAUAAUUGCCAACCGUUUGAUUCUAAACGCUCAUUAGCCUUCAUCAGCCUUGACGGAGCAUCACGAGCUAUUUGUCCUAUUCCAUUGCUUUUAACAGCAUAA